GGCGCAGUGAAAAGGACCUGUUUUAACUUCCUCUACAUAUAUUUCUUUUUAUCGUAUUUUCAAGCACAGUUUUCACCAUGAACACUACUUUGUGGAUGGGAGAUGUUGAGCCGUUUUGGGAUGAAAAUUUUAUUAGGGGUGCGUUUUCACAUUCUGGUGAACAACCGACUGCAGUUAAACUAAUGAAGAAUAAACUGACUGGUGGUCAAGCACGGUAUUGUUUUGUCGACUUCAGAGAUUCAGCAGCAGCAGAACGAGUUAUGUCAAUUUGUAAUGGAAAGCCAGUGCCGAAUUCUACACCUCCCAGGAUGUUUAAACUCAACUUUGCAGUCUAUGGUAUGCAGGCUCCACCGAAAGCUGCUGGGGCUACAGGAGGACCAGCUGAUCCCAAAAGCUUUAACCGAAAAGAGUUUUCUCUUUUUGUUGGGGAGUUGAGCCCAGAAGUUGACGACUAUGCCCUCUAUAAUUUCUUCAGUCGACGUUACCCUUCUAUUAAAGGGGCUAAAGUUAUAAUGGAUAAUGCUGGGAUGUCCCGUGGAUUUGGUUUCGUCCGAUUUGGAAGCGAAGAGGAACAGCAAAGAGCCUUAAAUGAGAUGCAGAAUGCGUCGGGUCUCGGUGGACGUUCUCUGCGCGUCAGUAUUGCUACACCAAAAAAGCCUAAGGUUCCUGGACCAGGUGGCGAAGGCCCAGACCCAUGGAGUUCUGGUGUUGGCUCCUGGAACUCGGGUGGUGGUGGCGGCGGCGGUGGAAGCAACACCUGGAAUGCCGAAGGAAAUGGUAGCUCCUGGAAUUCUGGUGGUGGCCAGUAUGCCGGCAGUGGCGGAUCCCAAGGAGGUUGGGGCUCGCAACAAAAUACCUGGAAUAGCGGCCAGGGAAGCUGGGAAUCCGGCAGCAACAACUGGGGAGGUGGCAGCCAACAAGGUGGCAGUUGGAGUGGUAAUAGCACUCAGCCUAGUGGAUGGGGUAGUGGAGGUGGUCAACAGCCACAGCAGUCUGGAUGGAGCGGAAACCAGGAGAGUAGCUGGGGUGGUGGCAGCACUGGUGGCGGAGGAAGCCAGAGUGGUUGGGGUCAAGGCCAGGGUCAACAAUAUGGUCAGGGUUAUCAAGGAUACCAAUACUAAGUAUUUAAAUUUUAUGUUUGUGUUUGAUUAUCUACUAGAAUAGUAUUGACAAGUUUUGUUGUCUAAUCCCCCCCUCCUUCUCUGCACUGCUGUAUCAAUUUUAUAGUUGUGUAAAUGCAAUAACAAAUUAUGUAGACAAUUUUGUGAAUAUAUUCACUAUAAACUAUUAUUUUAUCUUCAACUACUUGUAAUAUAUUAUUUUACAGUGGGUUUAAAAAGAGAAUUUCUACAUCCUUCAACUAUUUCCUUUAAAGAUAGAAUUUUUGAGAGAAAUUUUUCAGAAACUUUUUUUGUAAAUGCUUUAGAAAAAUCAGGUGACCUUAUUUUUUUGAGAACAUGAGACAUUUGUUUCGCUUUGCACUUUCAGGCAUGUUUAAAAGAUAAUUUAAAAAAAAGAAAUGUUGCUGAUACAGCAGUGUCGGGGCUAGUUUAUUCAUAGUUGGGUUUGAAUUUCGUCCCUGUUGAACUUGAACAUGGAUGUGUAUUAUCUUUUAAUUGUUAGGAUUGUACAACAGUAACUACAGAUUCAAUAUGUAUAAGCUAUUUUGUUAAUUAUUUUCGUUGUGUAAUUUGUCAUUUUGGGGAAAUAUUAAAGUCUGUUUAGGUUCUAUUCAUUUUUGCGUGUUUAAAUUUCUCCCGUUUGAGUGAGAUUUGAAUGCAAUUUCAGAUGUUAAGAUAGCAUGGUUUUCUAUAUUCAUGCCCCUUUAAAGUUUUUUUAACCACUUUAGCUUUAACACUGUUGGCAGCAUUGUUGCUUGAUGGCAUGCGAUUAAGAAUUUUGCAAGUUUCAUGUAUUGUAUAUAACAUUCUGAGAUUUAGAUUUUAUGCAAUCGUCGACCAAUAUUUUGCCAAUUUUUCAAUUUGGGUUUGAAGCUUGUGUAAAUAGGAUUUUAAGGAAUUUCAACUUUUGAGUUUUUGUUGAGAAGUGCAUUUCAUCUUCAUUCCAUAUGCACUACUGUUGAGUUUGAAUUUAAACAAGUGUUUAUACAGAGUUUCUAUUUUGAAUACUGAAUACACAUUACGACUGUAAAACUUCAAACUUUGUUAUUUUUUCAAUUGUAUUUUGUGACUCUUUGAAGAUGCACAGCCCGCAAUUUUGAAUUUGAGAAUUUCUGCCAUCUUGCUACCUUUUAUUGCUGUGUUACAGGGGUUUUAUUUGCACUAACUUGGAAAGCCAACUUUUUAUUUUUUAUUCAGUCAAAUCUUGCUCCAUUUCUUGUGACACUAUUUUCUCAAUGUUUAGUGUUUUGUAAUUAUCUUUUUCGUCUUAAUAAAUAGUAAUUGGAAU